AUGAGAGAUGAUGUGGCUCAAUAUGUGUUAACUUGUCAGCAGUGUCAACUAAUAAAAAGCGAUCUAUACGCACAACCGCCAUUACAGUCAAUCCUAGUGACGGCAGUUGGUGAUCUAUGGUCGGUGGAUGUGAUGGGACUGUUUCCACAGACAGCGAGCGGUAACCAGUACCUGCUAGUGAUGACGGAACAUGCUGCACGUUGGGUAGAUGCCGUACCCAUUGCAGACCAGCGGGCAAGAACAGUGACCAAAGUGGUAAUCCGGCAUAUUGUAGCGUGUUACAGAAUACUGAAGAUGAUAUUAACUGACCAGGGUCCCUGUUUUGAAAGUGAUGAGUUUAAAGCCCGUCUAAAACAGUUUAGCAUCAAGAGAAUACGAUCUACACCGUAUCAUCCUCAGACAAACGGGCUUACAGAAAGAAACAACCGGACGUUAAAGGAAUGGUUAGCAUCUAAAGGAGGAAAUUGGGAGAAAGAGUUACCAUUGAUUUUGCUGGCGCAUCGUUUCUCCAUACAAGGAACAACCAAGAAGUCACCUUUCUUGCUCAUGUAUGGCAGACAGCCACGAUUUCCAAUAUAUAAUAAGACCUGGCCACAAUAA